GUCUCUCUCUCUGUGAGACACAUGAUACAAACAGAUCAUGUGUCAUAGAUCAGGCACAUAUCAUAUAUAGAACAGAUACAGAUACAGAUCAUAGAUCAGGCACAUAUCAUACAGCUAGCUAGCCGUUGUUAAAACUCAAUUUGGAAAAUGGGGUGCAAGUCAUCAGAGAAGCCAAUAAAGCCGAAACACAGAAGGGGCCUGUGGUCACCCGAAGAAGAUCAAAGGCUUCGAAACUACGUUCUCAAACAUGGGCAUGGCUGCUGGAGCUCCGUCCCCAUAAACGCUGGCUUGCAGAGGAACGGAAAGAGCUGCAGAUUAAGGUGGAUUAACUACUUAAGGCCAGGACUGAAGCGAGGUAUGUUUUGCGAGGAAGAGGAGGACACAAUCUUAACCUUGCAUCGCAUGUUAGGCAACAAGUGGUCUCAGAUAGCGCAGCAUUUACCUGGAAGAACAGAUAACGAGAUAAAGAACUACUGGCAUUCUUAUCUGAAGAAGAAAGUGGCCAAGGCUGAAGAAAUGAAAGCUCACAUCAAAACUCAGUAUACAAGUUCAAGCUCAGACAUUAAUAUGGAUUCUUCAUCCUCUCCCAAAAGGUCGGCAAUCGGAGUUCCAAUUUACGAUUCAGUACUUGGACAUGUGGGAAAAUCACUAAAGUGUACUGAUCAGGAAUCCGUUCCACAGACUUCAUGUGACUUCCCUGGGGAUCAGGCUAACUGUAGCAGCUUCUUACCAAAGGUUUUAUUUGCUGAGUGGCUUUCCCUAGAUCAUGUCCAUGGUUGGAACAAUAUUGCAGAUUCAGGUGAGGGACUAAUCUCCAGAUCAGAUGCUCCUAAUUCUCAUAAUCCAAACUUCCAGUUCACUCCCAUGCAUGGCUUUUCAUCAAAUGAUGGAGCAUAUGGUGGCCAGUUUCACAACAUGCAAAGCCAUGCUUCGGCCACUGAGAUGUUUAAUUCACAGUUUAAGUUUGAGGAUCAAUUUAUCUCCGGGGAUGAUGUAUGUCGUGAUCUCAACAUGAACAAUGAUGUGAUGUAUAUAUAACUAGGGAAGGUUUCAAAGGCGACAUCAUGCAUGGAAGAAUAACCACUAAUUAUUCUUUAAUAAUAAUAAUAAUAUAUAUCGGCACUGAUAAAGAAACGUACCUCUAAAAAUUAUUGAAAGUAAUUUACUCCUUUGACUAUGAAACUAGCCGUUGGAGAUGAGAUAAGUUUAAUUAGAAGCUAUUCUUCUAUUGGAGUGCUUUUGGAGAAACCCUUGUCAUUUAUUUCAUAAAAUCAAAGUGCCCAAUACUUUUUGUCCUCUAUCUUCUCUUCAUGUGCUGCUCUUGAUGUGGUCCUUGAUGUGAUGAUCUU